GUGUGUGUGUGUGUGUGUGUCCAUGAAUGUGUGGGUGUGUGCUGCACCAGACAUCAGCAGCAGGUUGAGAGCCGACACACAGAGAAAGCAAGAGAGAGAGAGAGAAUAAAGGAAUAAAGCCAGAGAAAGAAAAAGAGUAUAAACAGUCCUUCAUUCAGCUCUCUGUGAUAACUUCAGAACAGCUUCUUGCAGCCUUGUGCACACAGUUACAAUGUUGCCUGGUACCAGGCCCCUGCUACUGUGCAUGCUGUGUCAUGUGACCCUAACAUGGGCGUUUUACCGCAUGUCUGAUGCUGUGGAGCUGCGAUCUGCAUUCUCUGUGGCGCGUACCAGCAGCAUGGAGGGAGGACCUAAGAUGGUUGUCACUUUUGACAAGGUCUAUGUCAACAUCGGUGGUGAUUUUGAUCCGAAGUCCGGCUUGUUCCGCUGCAGAAUUCCGGGCGCCUACUAUUUCUCUUUUACUGUGGGGAAGUUCCCACGUCGAGACCUGUCGGUCAUGCUGAUGAAGAACCGUAAUGAGGUUCAGGCAAUCGUGUAUGAUGAGAACGCUGGAGAGGAGCGUAAAGUGCAGAGCCAGAGUGCCAUGCUGCAGCUGGAUUUCGGAGACACCGUCUGGCUUCGUCUCCACGGAGACCCACGCUAUGCCAUCUAUAGCAACACCGGUCAUUACACCACGUUCAAUGGUUACCUGAUCUACCCUGAUGUAUAUGGCUACCAAGAGCCCACACACAAGGAGCGCAACGUUGACAAUCAGCCACCCAAAAUCAAUGAUCACAUACUGCCUGAGCACGACAAUACGAUUAUUAAAGACACAAGUGUGAGCAUGAAAGAGGAGAGAAGACGUGAAGAAAUACAAGAACAGGAAGAGAGAGAUGUAGAGGAAGAUGACGACGACCAAAGGUCUGCGUUCUCAGUGGGCCGCACUCAGAGCAUUGUGGGAAUGGAUCAAGGAUACCCCGAGCACCAUCCCAUCACCUUUGACACAGAAUUCGUAAACAUCGGAAACAACUUCAACAUGACCACUGGUAUUUUCAAAUGCAAAGUGACAGGAGCCUAUUACUUCUCAUUUAAUGCUGGCAAGUUGCCCCAUAAGACCCUGUCGGUGAAGCUGAUGAAGAACCACUUAGAGGUACAGACCAUGAUCUAUGAUGACAGCGACACUGAGAAAGCCUUGCAGAGCCAGAGUCUGAUGUUGUCUCUGCAGUAUGGAGACACCGUCUGGCUCUAUAGCCACCAGAAAGAUGGAUUUGGUGCUUACAGUAAUCAUGCCAAGUAUAUCACAUUCACCGGCUUCUUGGUAUAUCCUGAGGUCCACCGAAGCAAUCCUCAGGAGCAGAAACAGGAUAAGACACUGUAGACCAGCCUAGGAGCCAGUGUGGGCAUUGGGAAGGGUUGGUUGAAUGUAUACUUAACAGUGUUUGCAUUAAGUGUAUGUUCUUAUACACUUUAGAAAUCAAAAGUCUUCAAACUAAUGGUUUGCUAUUUAAGACUCAAUAUUCCAGCCCUUGUUUUGUCGCCCUUUUACAUUAGUUGGAAAUUACAAAGAAAGACAAGGAGUACCCGUUACAGUUCACUAAAACUUGCUUGGCAUGUUUAACAGAAUGUUCUAGGUUCAAUACAAGUUAAAAUUGGUUUACAAAAAAUAAUUUUGGCUGGUUGCAUAUUUAAAUUGUAAGGGAAAAGUAGUGGGGGAAAGUAUAAGGCACUUACACUAUCAGAAAAAAUGCCAUAAAAUGUUCCCUUGUUGUCACUGGGGCAGUAACUUUUUAAAAAGGUCCUACAAUGCAGGUACAUAUAUGUAUACAUUUGAUAGCAAUGUGUACCUUAGGUACUUAUAUAGACUUGUUGGUAUCAAUAUGUACCUCUAAGGUACUAAUAUGAACUCUUUAUGUGCAGAGGUGUAUUUUCCGAAAGGGUCCCACCUUAAGGACAGCUAGGGACCAUUUUUUUGACAUCGUUUCUGUAAUGUGAAGUUCAUAUUAAAAUGAUUUAAGCACUUUGUUUAAAAACAUUAUUUGAGCAGUGCUGUCGAUUGAGUUAAUUUAUUGAAUGCAUUGAACCCAGAACAUUCCUUUAAGGCAGUGGUUCUCAAACUUCUUCGGCGUGAAUUAAUACAUUUUAAAAAAUGUCAUAAAACUGGCGUCCCCCUGAUACCAUCUCAAAGCCCCCAGUUUGAGAUCUACUAAUUUAAGGACUUGAAUCCUGAAUUAAUUUUCAUAAUAGUAUAAUAAGAAAACACCAAAGCCUAAUUUUUAAAAUAACAUGGAAAAAAAUUAAUAUGAAAAUCAAGUUAUAUUACUGUACAGUAUAUCCACUCAUAUCCAACUUUGCAGAACAACUCUGCACUAAACUAUCUCAAGAUACAUUCAUUAGACAGGUCCAACCUAAAACUGUUUCAUACUCUCUCAAAUCAAAUAAACUGAUUAAAUGCAUGCAUAUUUCAAGUUAAAAAAGUUUUGUCUUCGAAGAUUUUGCACGAACGAUUUGCAUGAGAUUCUUCUGUUUCGGUUGUUAUUUCCAUGUAAGAUCAGUAUUCAUUGCACACAAAAAAAAACAGGCAAAAUUUGCACUCUGAUAAAUCAUAUAGGGGCAGUUUCCCGGACAGGGUUUAGAUUAAUCUAGGACUAUAUAUAUACAUUAGGACAUAAGUCAUUUUUACAAGCAAACCCUACAAAAAAACAUUAAAGGUAUGCACCUUGAGACAAAAUAACAUCACUGAUUUUUAAAUUAAGCAAACUUAAACAUGCAUUUUAGUCUGGGACUUGAUAAACCCUGUCCGGGAAAUCGCCCCAGUCCAACAUGGUCUGUAUUUUGAAAUAGCAUUACAUUUCAACUAAGGAUUGCUUCUGUAAAUUCACUGCAUAUGGCCAGAAAAUUGUGACACGUGCUACAUGUACAAUGAUUUUAUUCACAGCCAAACAUAUUUCCAUUACUGAUGUUAUGAUUUUGGAAACCAGUUAAACGUAUUGUAAUAUUGUAGUAGUACAUUUUGAAAAAUAUAUCAAAUCGAUAUUAUAUCGAUCAGAUCAGUUUAUUUAAUUUAUUUGAUUUUAUACUGUUCUGUGUAUAUGGCCAUAAAGAUUUAUUUAGGUAAAGAAGCAUCAAGUGUAAUUCAAAAAAAUGUAAAUACUUAUCUGUUUUCUAUCCAUUUCUAUAUGAGUGAACAUUUGCUUUUCUAAUUCUGUGCCUGGUCUUAUCUGUAUGGGUUUUAUCCAAUAAGUAAACUUUGUGAAAAGAGUGCUGAAUAAGCUUUUUGGUGUUUGUGCAGUAUGAGCUACAUUGUUAAGUACUGUAAAAGUGGAUCAGUGUGUGCUGGGUUCUUACUGUGGAAGGAAGCAGAUAUCAAAAGCAAACCAAAUAAAAACUUUGAAUGUCAACAUUUUAUUCAGCAUCAUCAACGUAUAGUCAUGUUAUUCCACUUUAACAUAUAUUAUCCUGUACGUUUUUUGUAAACGUGAUUGAAUAAACUGUAUAUACAGUAUAAAAUGAUAACAAAACAAAA